UCUACUGAAAAUUUCUCAUAUUUUUCAGCUGGCGCGACAGAAGGCUGCUAAGGAUGUGGAAAAGGAGGCGCAGAAACUACAGCAGGAGCUUCAUGCUAAUAAAGCGAAACUUCAAAGUACGGAGAAGCAGUUAAAGGAGAGGAUAAAAACCAUCGCUGAUUUGGAGCACGAAUUAGAGAAAAUGAGAGAUCACCUUAGCAAUGGGCAACAGAGUGAUAAAGCAAUUCAACAAGAGCUGGAUCACGCCAAAGCACAGUGUCUUGACGCACAGAGAGCUGAAAAACUGCUCAAGGUUGACUUUCAUCAGUUGGAGAAAAGAUUUGAUCGUUUCCGGCGGAAAUUGAUAGAGUAUACAUUUAGCGGUGGAAUUCCGAGAACAGUUGAUCAUGAACUGGACGAUGAUGAACUACUUGAUCACGUUAGACAGUUGACUCAAGAGAAACUUUCCCUGGUGGAAGAGAUAAAGCAGUAUGCCAGCUCAGAAAGCGAGAAAGAAGCACAAGAUAAGGAUUUCAAGGAUUCUAUCGGAGAAAUGCGGAAACAUUUAGACGGCAUGGCGAAACGGUUGUGGAAAUCCGGUCGAUCAUGUAAUUCUCUGGAAGAAGAGCUUACCUUAGUCGAGGAACUAACAACGCAUGAUUCUCUUUCUUGGAUUAAGGAUUUCGUUUGUAAAAUGCUGUCCGAUGAGUGUGCUUGGCAACAGAAGGCGGAAGAAGCUUUGAAGAAUGCAGCAGAUGAUUGUGAUUCUGAAACCUCUGUUAGCGUAGAAGAUAUGUGUCGUCAACUGCGAGAUCAGAAGGAAGAAUGUCGAAAGUUCAAGGGAAAAAUUGCUGAAAUGGAAGAAACUCACCAAGAAGUGAUGAUUAAAUUACGAGAAGACAUGAAGAGAGAGGAAGAAAAACAUAUAUCAAGGGCAGUGGCUGAGGUCAGGUCAGAAGAAGACGAAAAACAACAUGAAAUGAUCCAGGAAUACAAACUAAAGGAACGGGAAAGAAUACAAGCAGCAGUAGAUGCAGAAAGGAGAAUCAUGGAAUCACAGCAUGGAAGCGUUACACAGUUACAACAGCUACUGAAUGAUCGUCAGAAAGAGUUGGAAAAUCACCGUGUUGCCUUAGCAACAACCAAAUCUCAAUAUGAACAAGCGAAAGAUGGAUUACAGAGAGCGAAAGAAACAGAGAAUCAUUUGCGAUCCCAGCUUCAAGAGCAAACCGCUGCGUACAAAGAACAGCUGGCUCGUGUUGAACGUGAAAAGGAGGAAUUAACAAAUUACAAAGAAGAAGAAGUUGCUUCUUUCAAGGAGCAAACUCGGCAACACGCUGUCACAAUCGUGGCAAUGGAAGAAAGAUUGUUGCGUCUGACGAUGCAGAAUCGACAGCUGGAGCAAGAGGCAAUGUAUGCCAAACAAAUGACUGGUAAGAGCCGACCAUCUUCUCCACGAAAAGAAGCCUCUCGACCCAGCUCUCCAAAGAAAGAACUAGCUAGUUCCUCCAGACCUCAGUCUCCAAGAAAAGAUCCAAAGCCACAGACAAGAUCAGUUGAGACGGAGACUGUGCCCCAGACUAGUGUAGAAGCCACACUUCAGUCUGAUGUCUAUAAAUUAGAGCAACUAGUUUUACUUCUUAGACGUGAAGCAGCACAAACAAAGAAAGAAGCAGAGAGCCAAGGAGAUGUCGUACAGGCUCUGAGGCGGGAUCUUGCAGGAGCUGCAGCACGCAUGUCAGACAUGGCUGGUGAACUAAGUGACAAACAAAAACAAAAACUUGAACAAUACGAGGAACGAAUUAAAGAGCAGGACAACGAGCUGGAGGAACAGAGAAAACAAUUAGUUCAGCUGUCUGCAUUAGUGGAUGAGCAGCAAAAAGAGAUCAAUUCAAGAGAGGAUAAACUCACUGAACAACAAAAGGCGUUAUUAAAGCAAAAGCGAGAUGCAACCAAGCAAGGAACUGAAUUAGUGCAGUACAAGGAAAAACUGGGAACACAGAUUGAAGAGCAAGAGAAGAAAUUACAAAUGAUGGAGAAAGAGAAUUUCAAGAUAAGUGAUUUACACGCUCAAGGUCUUCGGUGCCGAGGAGAACGACAUGAUCUGAUUAUAACUAGACAAAAGGAGGCUCUAGCGGACCUAAGAGAUCGAACAAAAACACUGGAACAACUGAAACCACCUCUUCCAAGCCAUGAGCAAGCUUUACAGCAGAUUGUUGCUCUCAAGAAGGAAGUCAGUGAACUUAGAGCGAAACUGGCUUCUCAAGAGGAAGAUUAUCACAAGAGUGAGGGUGAAAUGCAUGCUGAGCUACGUCUUCGUCGUGAGCAAGCUUCAGCCAGCUUGGCUGAGUCAGACGGAGAGAAAGGUGCUCAUAGACAAACUAAGGAAGCCUUGGAUCUCAGCGAGAAAACGUACCUUAAGCUGGCUCGUUCACUCGGAGCCCUUCUGGAGAUUGAUCCGGUCCCAGGCUGCCGCUCGAUGGCUCAUCUACCCGUGGAGGAACGAGAGAGAUUGGAACUUGAUAGGACAAAGGCCGUGGAGUUGAUGGUUUCUAAAAUCCAACAAAUGUACGAACGAAUGGAGCGAAAAAUCCAGUUGCUAGGGUCAUACGAGGACGACCUUGUCCAUCUUAGGGAUAGUGAGACUGUUGCUGGACAGAAGACGGCAGAGGCAUCAGGCUUGAAGAUGGAUGUUCGAAAUCGCCAAGAAGAAAUUUCUUAUUUGAGAGCGUCCAUGAGCAGACUAAGGGAAGAUUUGGAUCAACAGCGGAGGCUAAAUGUCUGUUUAAAGGAAAGAAAGAAAUUUGCGAUGGACAUGGAUGAAAGAGACACAAGGAAGUCGACGCACAGUUGCUAUGUAGACGAGCAUACGCGUUAUAAGGAAGAACUCAAAAAGAAAAAGGCUGCAGAGAAACUGAAAAGGAAAAAUUACGAAAUAGAAUCGUUGAAAAAGGAAUUGAUGUCCGCUGACCGAGAAUUGAACGAGACCGCUGUCAAGUUGCAACUGCUGGAGUCAACUCGGAAUUUGACAAGUGCUCGAAGCGCUCAGAGUGAGGACAGCGCUAUUUUGGACUAUGAUGAAUAACGAUCACACUAACUCUGAUACGACGUCAUGUUGUCCUGGUUCCAGUCGUAAAAUGCCUCCUCUAGAGCGAUUGAGGCAAUCCUGAAUAAAUUACUAAUUGCAGGAGACACUACGCGGGGUAUUGAAUGAUAUAACAUCUCGAAAUCUAAGCGCAAGACAAGUAGCUCGAGUGGCCAGUUGGUUUGUUUAUGGAUGGUGCUAUCGCCUGCAGGCGUACAAGCCUUACAGAGAAUAGAAUAAUCCUUAGAGACAUCACUCGCUAACGCAGGUCUGCCGCUUAUCCUAAGCGUUCCAAGAGCAGAAAUACUCAGCCACCCGGGCUAUAAGACAAGUUAUUGUGUGACACAGUCAUUAUUAAGAUAUCUGACCAAGAUUCUGCGAACCGGUAGACUUAGGUAAACAAACUUGAAUGUUAACAUUUUCGAACAAACAAACAACAAACAAGAAGAUAAACAAAAUUAACCAAGUUUAAUUAACAUCACUGUUUCCCUUUCCAAUGCGUCACGAUCAUGACAAAACCCACCUGACUGGAAAUUUUUAGAAACUAACUGGGACUUGCGAUGUAAAUACUUUCUAUAUUUACCUAUAAAUUCAUUCAUGGAAUGUCGUUAUUAAAAGCCUGUAAUUAAUAACAAUCAAAA